AUAAUUGGUAAGUAACCUGCAGCACCGUUCUCGUAUCCUAAUCGUAAUUACUGAUUGCGAAGAGCGUAGUGCGAUAAUCUAUCCAGUACAAAGUUCACCCGUGCGCGACCGCUGUUCCGGCAAAUCAUUCUGAUCGACCAAGCAGCCGCCCGGCUCACGUAAGCCGAUGGCGCAGUGUCGGAGGUCAAAUUUUGGGGUACUUGCCUGCGAAGGAAUUUGUGUGGCUCCAACAGAUUAAAAUAGUACCCUCCUACUUUAGGUGCGUGUUUUGUAAUGCACAUUUGUGUUUUUCCUGUUGCUGUACUGCGUUAUAAGCGUGCUUGCAGCAGUUAAAAACAGGAAAAAAAUUACAGUAAGGGCGCUCCUAAUUCACAGCGAUGGAACAUAAAGAGGAACGAUUGGAUGUGAUCAUUUUUGGCGCAAGCGGAUUCACCGGCAAGUACACCAUCUACGAAGGCAUCAAGCUGCUGGAGGGGCUGCGAUGGGGUGUUGCUGGGCGCAGUCGGGAUAAGCUCCAGCAGACGGUUGCUGAGAUUGAAAAGAAGGCGGACAAGGACCUGUCGGAGGUGCCCAUCAUUACGGCCGACGUGAAGGAUGCCGAAUCGUUGAAGCAGAUGGCCCAACAGUGCAAGGUGUUGAUCAACUGUUGCGGUCCGUACCGCUUCUACGGGGAGCCGGUGGUGAAGGCUUGCAUCGAAGCCGGCACACACCACGUGGACGUUAGCGGUGAGCCGCAGUACAUGGAACGGAUGCAGCUCGAGCACCACCAGCAGGCACAGGAGCGUGGCGUUUACGUGGUGUCGGCCUGCGGCUUCGAUUCGAUUCCGGCCGAUCUCGGUACCGUGUUUCUGGAGCGUGAGUUUGACGGUGUGGUCAACUCGGUCGAAACGUACCUGCAGGUGACGUCGAAGAUUCCGCACGAUGGUGGUGCGGUCCUGCACUACGGCACCUGGGAAUCGGCAAUCUACGGGUUGGCCCAUGCCAACGAGCUGAGACCUCUGCGCACCCAGCUGUACAAGACACGCUUGCCGAACUUCCAGCCACGCCUAAAGGAUCGCAUGGUGGUGCAUAAGGCGAGUUUCUUAAACGGCUGGUGGGCGGUACCGUUCCCCGGUUCCGACCGUUCGGUGGUGAUGCGUUCGCAACGGCACUUCUACGACACGGAAAAGAAGCGCCCGAUCCAAAUGAAAGCUUACGUCGCGUUUGAAUCGAUCAUUCAGGUGCUGGCAGUGGCAUUCGUUGCGAUCGUAUUCGCGAUCAUGUGUCGCUUCCAGUUUGGCAGACAAAUGUUGCUGCGGUUCCCGAAAUUGUUCACCUUUGGAUACGCAUCGCACGAAGGCCCUACGGAGCGGUCGAUGGAAAAUGCCCAGUUUGCAAUCUACUUCCGGGGCGAAGGAUGGGAUAAGGAUGAGAAGCUACUCGAGCCGACCGAUCAGUUCAAGAGCCCGCCAACGAAGAAGAUCGUCACCAAGGUGUCCGGUACGAAUCCGGGCUAUGGAGCAACGUGCGUGGCGCUGAUUUUAUCCGCCCUUACCAUUCUGCGCGAGAGUGACAAAAUGCCCGGAACUGGUGGCGUGUAUCCGCCCGGAGCGGCAUACGCUAAAACGAGCUUAAUCGAACAGCUGUCCAAGAACGGCUUCAAGUUCGAAGUCAUCAAACCUUCCAAGUAAACAGCAGCUAAUAAUCGUGCUACUUAUUAAAUUACUCACAUGACUUGGUUUCGGCAGCGUCUGGGGUUGGUUGGGGUUGGCUAAGUCGUCAUAACAUGUCACAUCUUUCGUUUCUUAAUAUGAGAUUAAAUUAGUUUAAAACCAA